AUGUCAACACAUUCUGCUAUGGCAUCUUUCACUAUAGAUGAAAUACUAUCAGACGAAUGGGCCAAGAUUGAGAGGGGGAUUGGAGCCCGUCCCCAGUUGACUGGCGAUGCGCUAGAUAUGCGACUACAAUACAGAGAGCUCGCAGAGCAGAUGAAUGCAUCAGCACCGGUAACGCCCGGUGUGAGCGUGGUGGAUGAGCAUAUCACGGAGCAUCUCACGGUGAGAGUAUACAAGCCAAUGGAUAGGAAAGAAGCUCUUCCGGUCGGACUUUAUUUCCAUGGCGGUGGAUUUUGCUGCGGUGACCUUGACUCUGAAGACCCCUUCUGCCGCAUCUUGGUUGAACGCCAGCGUUGUGUUAUAGUAUCUGUGGGAUACCGGCUAGCUCCGGAGCACAAAGCUCCAGCACAAACAGAGGAUGCGAUGACCGCAUGGAACUGGAGUGUACAGAAUGCCUCUCUCUUGGGCGGGGACCCAUCACGCUAUUUCACGAUCGGCCAAAGCGCUGGAGGUAAUCUGGCUUUGGCAACCGCUCAUCUACUGAUUGACCAAGGCAGACGAUCCGAGAUUAACGGUGUUGUGGCACUAGUCCCGCUAGCCAUUCACCCCAAGAAUGUUCCUUUUCACCACAAGGACAACCACCGAUCGUAUCAUGAAUGUGCAGAUGGACCAGUCAAUACGGCAGAUGCGAUGGCUACUUUCCUGGAAUCCGUGGAAGCGAGAGAGGAUGAUCCUAGUGUUUUUGUCCUCCUGAGCCAACACUUGCAUCAAUUUCCUCCGACUUACAUUGCUGUCUGUGAGGUAGACCCCUUGCGAGAUGACGGCAUCUUGGUAGGUUGCGCCCUACGAGAGGCUGGUGUUCCUGUGAAGCUUGAUCAUUAUCGAGGUCUGCCGCAUGUAUUUUGGGCAUUUGGCUGUCCAUCCCCCAGUGGAGAUUUCAUAGGCGAUGUGAUGGCUGGCGUUGACUUUGUUCUAAAGUCAUAA